CGCCGCGCGCGUCGGCGAUGAGCUCGCCCGUGAUUCUCACCGGGCUCGCCCUGCUCGAGGCGCACCGACGCGCGAACGAGGCCGAGGCGCGCGCGCGCGCGAGCGCGAGCGAGGCGGAGACGAGCUCGAGCGACGACGAGGAGGCGCGCGAGGACGACGACGACGACGAGAGCGACGCGAGCGAUGCGAGCGCGACGCCGGCGCGCGGUGCGGAAGAGGUAAACGCGCGUCGGAUGUCGCCGAGCGGACGCGCGGCGAUGGGACGGCUGUCGAGGAGCGCGAGCGCGAGGGAGCUGGCGAGCGCGGCGAGCGGGACGGCGAGCGGGACGACGAGCGGGACGACGAGCGGGACGACGGCGACGGCGGCGGUGGAGACGUCGCCGAGCGUCGCGUCGGCGAAGAAGGCGUCGGAGGGGACGUGCAGGUUUUGUUUCACGGGGUCCGAGUGUGGGACGCUGAUCGAGCCGUGCGCGUGCGCGGGGUCGCAGGCGUACGUGCACAAGAGGUGCCUACGACGAUGGCAGCGCGUGAGUUAUCAAACGCGCGGCGCGCGCGAGACGCAGUGCAGGGUGUGUCACGCGAAUUACACGUACGAAUCGAAAAUUUGGAGCAAGGAGGCGCGACGCGGGCCGAGGUUUUGGUUUUCGUUCCGAGCGAGGGAUCGGUUGAACGAGUACUCGCGCGCGUGGAUUCAGAGCGCGGCGAACGCGUUGUUACGACGAAAGGGCGUAUCCCUGCCGCGGAGCGCGAGCAGCGCGGGAAAUCUCGCCUUGCUCGUCGCCCACAGCGAGGUUCGCAUCUGGGCCGGGCGCGAAGAGCGCAGGGAAGGCGUGACGAGCGGAUUACCGAAACUCUUGCGCGUCGCCUCGUUUCUCGUGCGCGCGGCGAGCUCGUACGCCAAAGUCAGGCUUCUCCUCGCCCCGAACGCCGCCGUCGCGACCGCCGCCGCGUCUUCGUGAAGAAUGUUAUCAUCAGUGUAAUUA